CCUACGCUCAGCGUCUUCAGUGUCUCCUGCGUCUGGAGCGGGAUGGGGCGGCUCCGCUGAGCGCCGCACCCAGCUGCCAACAGCCCCUGCCAGAGCCACCAACCACUUGCCGCGGCUCCGGGGCGCACAGGAGAUGGCUAGGGCGACGGCUGGCACCGCAGGGCUGCGGUGGCUGCUGCUGCUGCCGCUGCUCAGCGAAGCCCCGCUGGGACUCUACUUCUCCAGGGACACUUACUGGGAGAAGCUGUACCUGGACCAGCCAGCCGGAAUGCCCCUGCUCUAUGUCCACGCCCUGCGUGAUGCCCCUGAGGAAGUACCCAGCUUCCAUCUUGGCCAGCACCUCUACAGCGUCUAUGGCACACGGCUGCAUGAAAACAACUGGAUUCGCAUCCAGGAGGACACAGGCCUUCUCUACCUUAACUGGAGUCUGGACCACAGCUCCUGGGUGAAGCUUAGCAUCCGAAAUGGUGGCUUUCCCCUGCUUACUGCCUACGUCCAGGUCUUCCUGUUGCCCACAUCCCUACGUGAGGGUGAAUGCCAGUGGCCAGGCUGUGCCCGUGUGUACUUUUCCUUUAUCAACACCACCUUCCCAGCAUGUAGCUCCCUCAAACCCAAGGAGCUCUGCUUCACAGAGACAGGGCUCUCCUUCCGCAUUCGGGAAAACAGACCUCCUGGCACCUUCCACCAGUUUCGCCUGCUGCCUAUGCAGUUCCUCUGCCCCAACAUCAGCAUGGCCUAUAGGCUCCUGGGAGGUGAGAAUCUGCCCUUCCACUGCGCCUCAGACAGCCUAGAGGUGAGCAUGCGCUGGGCCCUGGACCGCGAACACCAAGAGAAGUAUGAGCUGGUGGCUGCCUGCACGGUACACUUGGGCACACGUGAUGAGGACAUAAUGGUGCCCUUUCCCGUGACUGUGUAUGAUGAGGACGACUCACCGCCUACCUUCUUCAAGGGUGAUGACACCGCUAGCGCCAUAGUGGAGUUCAAGCGGAAGGAGGGUACUGUGGUGGCCACACUGCAUGUCUUUGAUUCCGAUGUGGUGCCAUCAUCUGGGGAGCUCCUGAGGCGGUACACAAGCACACUGCUCCCUGGAGAUGCCUGGGCCCUCCAGACCUUUCGUGUGGAGCACUCACCAAAUGAGACCUUGGUCCAGGUCAACGGCAGCCUCAUUCGAGCAACUGUGCAUGACUACAGGCUUGUUCUCAACCGCAGCCUCCCCAUCUCAGAGAGCCGCACCCUGCAGCUGGCUGUGCUGGUCAACGACUCAGACUUCCAGGGCCCAGGGAAGGGCACCCUCCUCCUCCAUUUCAAUGUGUCUGUGCUGCCAGUCAGCUUGCACUUGCCCAGUGCCUACUCUUUCACUCUGAACAGGCGGGCUCGCCACUUUGCCCAGGUUGGGAAAGUCUCUGUGGAACACUGCCAGGAGUUCACCGGCAUCCAUGUGCAGUAUAAACUGCAGUUUUCUGGUGCCAACUGCAGCGCCCUGGCAGUGGUCACCUCGGUAGAGGACGCCACCGGGACCCUGUUUGUGAAUGACACGGAGGCCUUGCAACGUCCUGAGUGUACCCAGCUCCAGUACACAGUGGUAGCUGCUGACCGGAUAACCCGCAGGCAGGCCCAGGCCCCAUUGCUUGUCACCAUGGAGGGGACAUAUAUGGCUGAGGAGCCAGGCUGCCCCCUGUCCUGUGCAGUCAGCAAGAGGCGGUCUGAGUGUGAGGAGUGCGGUGGCCUGGGCUCUCUGACGGGCAGGUGUGAAUGGAGACAGGGAGAUGGUAAAGGUAUAUCCAGGAACUUCUCCACCUGCUCCCCCAGCAUCAGGACCUGCCCUGACGGCCACUGUGAUGCUGUAGAGAUCAGAAACCACAACAUCUGUCCCCAGGACUGCCUGCGGGGCGGCAGCAUCAUUGGUGGGCAUGAGCCAGGGGAACGCUGGGGGAUUAAAGCUGGCUUUGGUAACUGCAACUGCUUCCCUGAGGAGAAGAAGUGCUUCUGUGAGCCAGAAGACAGCCAGGAUCCACUGUGUGAUGAACUCUGCCGUAUGGUGAUUGCAGUGGCUGUGCUCUUCUCCUUCAUUAUCUCUGUGCUACUCUCCACCUUCUGCAUCCACCGCUACCACAAGAAUGCCCACAAACCACCCAUUGCCUCGGCUGAGAUGACUUUCCGUCGGCCAGCCCAGGCUUUCCCAGUCAGCUACUCCUCAUCCAGUGCCCGCCGUCCCUCACUGGACUCCAUGGAGAACCAGGUCUCUGUGGAUGCCUUCAAGAUUCCGGAGGAUCCAAAGUGGGAAUUCCCUAGAAAGAACCUGGUUCUUGGGAAAACUCUGGGAGAAGGAGAAUUUGGAAAAGUGGUGGAAGCAACAGCCUUCCAGCUGAAAGGCAAAGCAGGAUACAUGACUGUGGCUGUGAAGAUGCUUAAAGAGAAUGCCUCCCCAAAUGAGCUGCGGGACCUACUGUCAGAAUUCAACCUCUUGAAGCAGGUCAACCACCCCAAUGUCAUCAAACUGUAUGGAGCCUGCAGCCAAGAUGGUCCACUUCUUCUCAUCGUGGAGUAUGCUAAGUAUGGUUCCCUUCGGGGCUUCCUGCGAGAGAGCCGCAAAGCAGGUCCUGGCUAUGUUGGCAGCAGAGGCAGCCGCAACUCCAGCUACCUGGACAACCCAGAUGAGCGGGCCCUGACCAUGGGUGACCUCAUCUCCUUCGCUUGGCAGAUCUCACGGGGGAUGCGGUACCUGGCCGAGAUGAAGCUUGUUCAUCGGGACUUAGCAGCCAGAAAUGUCUUAGUAGCUGAAGGGCGGAAGAUGAAGAUUUCGGAUUUUGGCCUGUCACGGGAUGUGUAUGAAGAGGACUCCUAUGUGAAAAGGAGCAAGGGUCGGAUUCCAGUCAAAUGGAUGGCAAUUGAGUCCCUUUUUGAUCAUAUCUACACCACCCAAAGUGAUGUGUGGUCCUUUGGUGUCCUGCUAUGGGAGAUUGUGACCCUGGGGGGCAACCCCUACCCUGGGAUUCCUCCUGAGCGGCUCUUCAACCUUCUGAAGACAGGCUACCGGAUGGAGAGGCCUGACAACUGUAGUGAGGAGAUGUACAGUCUGAUGCUGCAAUGCUGGAAGCAGGAGCCGGACAAGAGGCCAGUGUUUGCUGACAUCAGCAAAGACCUGGAGAAGAUGAUGGUUAAGAGAAGAGACUACUUGGACCUGGCUGCAUCUACCCCAUCCGACUCCCUGCUUUAUGAUGAUGGUCUCUCAGAAGAGGAGACGCCCCUGGUGGACUGUAAUAAUGCUCCCCUCCCUCGAACCCUCCCUUCCACGUGGAUUGAAAACAAACUCUAUGGCAUGUCAGACCCGAACUGGCCUGAAGAGAGUCCUGUACCACUCACGAGAGCCGAUGGCACUAACCCUGGGUGUCCAAGAUAUGCAAAUGAUAGUGUAUAUGCUAACUGGAUGGUUUCACCCUCAGCGGCACAAUUAAUGGACUCAUUUGAUAGUUAACAUUUCUUUGUGAAAGGUAAUGGACUCACGAGGAGAGGAAACCUGCUGAAACCAUCACUGGUCCCUCAUUUUUUCUUUUCCUUUGGCUGGUGACUUUCCCUCCUAGCAGACGUUGUGCUCUGGAUGGGAGCUACGAGUGUAGUGGUCAGGUCCUUCCUUCCUCUUCAGCCCUCAGCAGCGUCAGUGUUGGUCUGUGUUCAUCAGGGGUCACCAUAUUCUUUGCUCACUCAUUUGAUUCCCUCACUCAUUACAUGGUCUGUUUGAUUUUUCUUGUUGCCACCAAAUUUGGCAAUGAUAUUUAAAUAUAAAACACACACACACACACCCCCCCCACAAAGACAGCAAGGAAAAAAACUGGCCCAAACAACUUGUCCUCAUUGAGAAUGGGAGCCUUGGAAAGGCCCAGUGGUGGUGUCAAAACCCUGCCGGGGCUGGAGUGGGAGAGGGGAUCUUGGGACCCGUCUCAGCUCAGCAUUCAAGAUCCUGAGAAUAUUUUUCUUAAUUAAAUGAUUCUUAGGCUUAGCACAAUGCAGAUAUUUCAUGCCAUAUUUGCCAUGUAGAUAGUCAGUGUAAAGGAAGAGAGCUCACAGACAUAUUUUCCCCAUCACUGAGUGGUCAUGACCCUGUCAAGAACAGUAUGAAGAAAAAGGGCAUUGGAUUAGAAUGGCCUCCAGUCCAGAGACUGCUGACAGCAGAGAUGUGGCUGCUGUGAAACCAUCCCCAGCUUUUAAUACACUAUAUACCCAGCACCAAAAAGGAGUGGCUCAUGUAUGAGUGGGUGGAGCUGGUACUCAGUUUAAAAGGGACUGUUUAGCUAGUUAUGUUAGAAGUAACAUUGACAAUGACCAAGGAGUACUACACUUCCGAUUACAAUUCUGAUGUGAAAAAGACAGUGUUUUGGCUCGUAGAGAGCUUGUAUGAAAAAGUACAUGUAUCCACUCUCCCUGCGUUUGUAACUUAAUGCUGGUAUAGCAAGACAUUUUUAGAUUCUGACCAUGAUUCAUAAGCUUCCUAUCAUUCCUCUCUGCUUGUUUAUGGUCAUAGACACUGUAUUCCUUCCAUUUUGUGGGAGUAGCUUUUGGAAAGUCCUGGUAGUUCUUCUGUUGUGAGCACUGUAACUUUACUGGGGAGGAUUGGUUACCAAACACUGUCUGGUCUUCAGAUAUAAAGCACUGUGAAAGGAUUCAAGUGUAGUUUUAUUAUAAUACUGUAUUUUAUUGUCAUUUCACAAGAGCAGUAAAAUUAUGGCAUUUCUGUGGCCAAAAAGGCUUGGCUGAGCAUCUUUUGGAGCCUCAUGGUGUGUGUGUAUGCUUCUGUAUACACACCCAAGGAGAGAGCUGGAAAAAAAACUUACUGGAGAUAUAACAUAGCUGUAGUUGGGCCAAUUUUCAGAUACACUAUAAUUAGUUCUUUUACAAAUAUCUAGUUGUAAGCUUUGGUUUUCAGAUGUGCUUAAUGCUAAUCUUAUUAAAUAAGAAUAAACUCUCAAAUUAUUAAAAAUGCCUACUCAAUAGGUGAGUUGCUAUAACAGGUUUGUUUUUAUCAGGGUGAUAACCUUGGGUGUCAGCGCUGACUCAGUGAUUAACUCUUAACUGAUAAUCCACUUGUCUAGUCCUAAACUAUAAAAGUACUCAUACUUCUAAUCCUAUCAGAAGUUUCCUUCAUAUAUGCAGAAGUUACUAAGUAUUAAGUAUUAUGGAGUAUUAAGUAGCAAUUUUUCAGUUAUUAAAAUUUGUAAAAUCUAUUUAUGAAAGGUUAUUUAAAUCAUACCACAUUAAUUUGCUUUU